CUCAGCUUUAUUAAAACAUUCAAUUUUCUUCUAGCAUUUAGUCGCAUUGCGGCUGCUCUCGGAGUUGCUUUCCUGUAUUAUCCGUACUUUGGAUGUUUGGCUUCAUAUCACAGAAUUUUUGGAGCGUUGGUGGGGCUUCCUUACGCUGUUGCCUAGUAAGUAGUUUUGAAUUUGAUAUACACGCGUAAAAACGCUGAGGUUGAUGCAAUACUGGUGAAAACAGGAUUGAACAAUGCUUUCCUGCCCACAUUGUUCGUAUAGCUGUCAACAAUAUCGAACAAUACUGUUACACCCGAUUCAGGCUCAACAAUAUUGUUCAAUAUUAUUGACAAGUGUGAACAACGUGGGCAGCAAAACAUUCUUCAGUCCUGUUGAGCAGCGUGCUCGGCAUUUUGUGGCGUGUGUAGUAAUACUGAUCAUUCUAGUAGCUGAAUGUAAGUUGAUAAUGAGCGGACAGGUCACUACUCUAUAAUCAAACUUUCGUUGGUAGGGAUGCAACUAUACUUGAUAAAGGGAACGCCCUUCGUCGGCAGUAAUUAGUAGCGGGGAUCGGAAAAAUGGACCUUUCCCCUUAUAACUAAAAUUUUGAUCUAGACAAGUCUAGACAAAAAUUUUACCGGGAAAUUGAUGCCUCAACACCCGAUUGGGCUGUCAAUUUCCCGUGCGUAAUACAAAAUGACUGAAAAACGGCAAACUUCGCAAGGCUAUAUUAUCCCCAUUUUACAACAUUUCGCAACGAAACUUUGGAAUAUUACUAAUUUUGUGCAUGAUGCUCUUUCAAACUGUGAUGAAAUAUUUGUCUAUAGAUCAAAAUUUUAGUUAUAAGGUGAAAGGUCCAUUAUAUGAGCUUUUAUACUCAAUAUAAAAGCGAUCAUGUGACAUAAAAUAAACCAAUAAGAUGAAUUUAGUCAAAACAAAGUAUUAAAAAAAACACGUAUAACUGAUCAAGCUCUUUCCAUUACAUGAGCAGCACGACACAUAGUUCAUCGGAAUGUUCCAUUGUCUUUAGUUAAACUGUUUUUAAAAUUCCAAUGCAUGUUUUCCACGCCAGUCACUCACUUUGCUUAAAUAAGUUUUCUGCAAACAUCCUUUUAUGAUACUAAUUACUGUAAUUAUUUUGUGUUCUUAUUGCAGUUUUUCUUUCACAUUGGCGGUUGCUCUUCAAAAGUGUAAUGUAAGUUUAUUUAAGGCAUUGAAUGUCUCAUAAUAUAACAUGUCUUUCCCUACUUUUGCUUCUGCGUCAGGGUUCAGUGUGGGUGCUGAUGAUCUUCUUUAGUUUGCAACUUGGUAAGACAAUCUAAGCAACACCAUGUUUUUCUGUUGCUUGCGCCUGUAUUUUAAAAGUUCACUCGCACUCAAAGAAUGGAGGUUCAAUCUGAGCUUCCCUUGAGUGUCAGUGCUGUUGGAGGGUUAGUGUCGUAGCUUACUAUGUGACUACUCAUGCGAGUGAGCUUUUAGAAUACAGGCGUUAGACGCUAAAGGCCGCUUUCCAGGUAUACGCGUUUUCCAUACGUCCAUAUACAUUGAAUUGUUUAAUUUUCACGGGCGAUAAGUACCAAGACCAGCAUUCCACGCAGGCAUUAUGCGUAAGGGCGCAAUUCCAGUUCUCGCACGAAGCUCCUCCCUGCGUGCAUGCAUGAGCAUUUUCAUCCAAUCACAAUGCUUAGGAGUUAAUUUUAAUUAGAUGCAAGCACUCGCAGCGAGCAUAGAUAUGCGAGGAGCUUCGUGCGAGGACUGGAAUUACGCCUUAAGGUCUUAUUGCACUCACCAGGAGUGCAAUUAAAAAUAUGAUUUUUAAAAAAAACAAAAUGGCGGUCAUCAAUCAUACAGGUGCACUUUUAUGUAUGACGUAUAUCAUCAUACAGACACUUUGAUAACCUGUCCCUCACCUCCCAUCUAACCCCUCACCCUGAUGGCGGGGUGGAACGAAAGACUCCUGAGUUUGAACAGUUCUUUUUGACAUCCUGUUUUAAUUUAUUAAUCAUUAGAAAAUUACGACAUUGGAAGAAUAUGUUUUGAAGAUAUUACCAAUUAUACCGACGAUAUUAUGUCACCUGUUUAUACUGGGCAAGUUUAUACUUGUACUUUAUAAGGAAAUCAAGGAAUUUGGAAUAUGCGGAAUGCGGCUAUAUUCUCAUAACGUCGUAAGUAGUGUUUUUCCGCUGACCUCAAAAGCAUAGCAUCGUGCAUUGCGCGAAAUAUCGAGGGACAAAUUGAAGCUUCCUACUAGGGGCAACUAACGCUCUCUGAUUGGCUAAAAUCUCGUUGCCCGGAUGUAAAUUCUCAUUCCAGGAAGCAAAGCCGCGAUAUUUAGGAGGAGCGGGAAAUUACGAAAAUAAUACAACUUUUUCCAGUUUUACCAUAUAGUUCAAGCAAUGUCCAAUGACUAAAAGCUCAAAGUCGACAAGAAUACCUGGACUUUAUAACGGUCGAAAUGUUUUAUUGUCGAUUUCAGGUAACUUUUCAACACGAAGUUCGCAAGUUCAUUUCAAAGUUCGAACUUUGAUUGUAAACAAAUGUUCAUAUUUGGAGUUGAAAUUACUGUAUAAGGCCCUAUGCACAUAAUACUGCAGUAAAAUAUUGGUCCAGUGGUCUCCCAAGAUGAAAAUGCCUUUGUAAAUAAAUUUAUAGUUACAUUUGUUUACAAUCGAAGUUCGAACGUUGAAAUGAACUUGCGAAAUUCGUUGCGAAGUUCCCGCCCAACCUUCCGAAUUGACCAUUUGCGCAAUAGACUAAAUUUUGAUCUAAACAAGUCUAGACAAAAAUUUCAUCACAGCUUGAAAGAGCAUCACAAAAUUAGUAAUAUUCCAAAGUUUCGUUGCGAAAUGUUGUAAAAUGCGGAAAAUAUAGCCUUGCCAAGUUUGCAAUUUUCAGUCAUUUUAGAUUUGACAAACGGGAAAUUGACAGCCUCAAAGGGUUCGGCCGGUUUUUCGAUUCUGAAGGUGUUUUCUUCGUGACUUCGGCACGUCCAAUUUUUCAUCAUUUUCCACUAUAUAAAAUGGUCAUGCAAAACAGUCCAGACUGUUGAUACAAUCAGGAUUGAAUUACUUAAAUUGUAGGUGAAAAAAGGUGAAAAAUAGAUUUUCCAAUUGGUUUUAUAUCGGUGUAUAACUCAAAUUUGCCUCCGUUAUCAAGCUUCAAUUUGUCCCUCUCGUUUGCCUGAACUUUCCUGCAAUGCCCACUUUAUUUUUUAAAAAUCUCUAUGCAUGCUCAAAACUAUGUAACACGCGAUAGUGCAUUUGCUAUGCAUAAAUGAAAUCAGUGGCGGCCAUACUGCAGGCGGUAAAGUUUCCGGCUUGUGACGUAGAACUGGUGUGACGCGCAAGGCGGAAAAGUUUUACUGUUCACUUUAUAAAGGUGGCUCCCAACAGUUAGUACAGUUUUAGACUUCAUCCUCGCGACUUGCGCGUGGAAUCGUCGUGUUUACUGUUCGGCAAAAAUAUUGAAACAAGCCGCGGGAAGUUUUUUGGCGUUUUUAUCUACAAAGAAAGCUCCAGUUUUUCGAACAGUACGUAUGCUAUUAACUAGUUUAACCUAUCUUUUAGUGUGUUUUUACAUAUUUACGUUGAGUAUUGUCUUUCAUAUUGCUCAAAAUUUUCAACUUGUUGUGUUUCGAACUGUCAAACUGAAAUGAUAGUGUCUUCUAUUAACUCUUGAACAGUAGUGAACUGUCGCCGAAAUAGUGUCUUCUAUUAACUCUUGAACAGUAGUGAACUGUCGCCGAAACUUAUGUAAGUUCUGUCAAUCAAUUCAAUUCAAUUCAAUUCACAGGUAUCGUUUUAUCUGCUAAAUCAAAUAAAACAGUUAUGAGUUGUUUUAUAUGAAAAGUUAAACUUGAAAUUUUUUUUAAACUUUGUAUUUUUGUUAUACAAGACGAGUGGUACAACAUAUCCAAAUUUUAAGAAAUUCUACAAGUAACUUUUUCUGUAACCGUCAUUCACGAAUAUCUCCAAAACGUAUUUGUAAAUUCCCUUCAAAUUUUUAUAUAGGUUUUUUCUUUAUGGACCAUAAAUCUUCAAAAACAUUUUCAGAAAAAUUCACCGAAGGAAAAUAUAGAUAUUGUCAAUUUAUUGUGAAAUUAGACAAUAAAAGUGCGAAAGAUUAAACGUCAUGGUUGUCAUGGCAACACGAAAACUGUUUUAAUUUGUUCAUAAAUGGACAGCACACAGCUUCUGAACUUUCCUGGGAAUGAUCAUAUUGCCUUGUCUUAAGUAUCUAAUAUAAAUUCGGUACAAAGCGAACGUUACUCAAAAUACCUAGAAUUUUAGAGAACUGUAGGGAGCCACCUUAAAAUGCAUUUUAAAACCAGAAAAGUUGCUGACACGACAGAAAGUUUUUCCGCUAAGCGGGAAAGUUGUGGUUAUGUUGCGUUCAUAUGGGAAAAACGUUAUCUCGGUCACCGAGAUCUCGCCUGUCAACAAGCGAGAUCUCGGUACACGCGGGAAAACGUUUCGUCUAUGACAUAGUGUAACGUUUCAUAUUAUUUUCAUAACAAGGCUCUUUCUCUCAUGUAAACUUGUCGAAAUGUUUUUUCGCUAACCGGGAUAACUUUUUCCAUAUGCAUAUGAACAGGCCCUUAGAUAGGAAAAGACAUUUGCUUGAUAGUAAUACUAAUUUAAACACUUGCAAAGAAUUUGAUAGAUUUAAAAAUAUUUUAUCAUAAUAUUGGAUAGAAACUUUGCAUAAGUUUCGCUCGCUUUCUUGGGCUAAACAUGACUAAAUGCAUAUUUAGUGAAGGUAUAAUUUAUGCAUGAAUAAUUGACUCAAUUUGCCUCUAGCUUUUUACCUAUGCUAACAUGAACCUGAACGUUUCGUAUCAUUCAUAUCACAUAUAAUGUCCAUUUAGGAUGAAAAUGCUUCUCAGCAGGUGAAAUUGAUCAGACCUUGGUUGCGAAAUUACGUGCACGACCUCAUUAACUCAAGGUAAGAGCAUGGGUAAUAACGUAACUGAAAAUGAAACAUGAAGAACACUAGUGGCAUUCCCUGUGCGUGGAUUGAUGAUGCAGGGUGUGAUAAUUCAAGGUUUUCUGCCACCUUUAACUUAUGCGAUCGUUAUAGUUCGAUUCUUGCUACGAACUUAUGGCAUUCAUGUAAAAAGAAUCCAACGAAGCUCUACCAAAAAUCGUGGGGUUUUUUCGGGUACUCGGUUUCCUCCCGCAUAGAAUGUCAUCAAGGUGGGUUGGGAUUAGCCCCUAACCGACCCUUUCACCGUGGGCGUAGCUGUGCUUCGUGAUCAAAUAUGAGUCAGAAGCCGUAAGGUGGCAGCCAGAGGCGCCCUUAGUUAGAAUGCGUUCUUCGCAAUCCAACCUAGCUCUCAGCUGCAAGUAAGAAUGAUUAGCAUACCCCCACUUAUUGUUCUUCAAUUCUUAUUGCCACAUACUAAAGAUGGUACAAACUUAAGAUAUUACUGGGAUAUUACUAAAGAUACAUAAGAUAUUACUAAAUAUAUUAAAGAGUUUAAGCUUCGCGUUAUACAUCAAACGCCAGGCAAAGAAAAUUUUACGGUACCAAGGCAAUAAAGAGCAAAUGAACUUAUGGACUUGCUUUUUUAAUUAAAACUGAAAUACAUAAUUAUUCUCUCGAUGCAAGAAAAAAAAAUGAAAUGAAAACAUUCAAGGAAAAAUUUUCCAAAAUAGUUCGAACCUGCCGUUUGCCGUUCCCGGAAACGUGAAGCUUAAAUUCCCUAUUACUAAAGACGGUAGAAACUUAAGAUAUUACUAUAGACAAACUUAAGAUAAGUACUUACUGUAUAGUGUUCAAGAUAGAGUACAUAAAACACAGUUUUCUAGAAGGGCUGAGAACUAAGAAGUACCCCCGGUAUGUAAAGCCAAGACCGGAUUUUGGUGGGAAAGCUGGGGGAGGCGAAAAAAAUUUAGGGUAGAUACAGCGCCUAUCUAUUUAAAUGCUAACAAGGCUUAGAACGUAGCCGCCAAAAGUUAACUACAUGAACGUUUGUAUAAAUAUAUCCAAUGUAUUUUAUAUGAACUAUAUUACUGUAUGAGUCAUCCAAUUCUCCCUUCAUUACAUUACAUUACAUUACAUUACAUUAGCACAACAUUUCUUUCGAAACAUUGCAUUAAAGGGGUUACUGCGGAUCCAAUAUUGAAAAUCCUGUUACUACUAAUCAAAUAUUUCGCCACAUUUGUAUAGACCUGCCCGCCAUUAUUCAGGAAUAGAGUUCUACCUGAGGAAAAUUUACAAUCCCGAGAAAAGUAAGUGCUUCAGAUCCAGAAUUCGAAAUACAGUAUCAGGCUGAUACGGUGGUUUAAGAACAUAUCACUCAUUUGUAGUUCGAACAUCUAAACUAUAAGUACUACAUGCAGUAUUUAAAACACGAGCGGGAUGCUAGAUCUCACCCAGCCUGGCUGGCUUGUUUCACAUAUUAAUACAAAUUGAAUUUUAUAUGCGUUAACAAAGGCCAUGCAGAUCUCACCGAGGUCAGUUUCCAGGUUAGCUCAUAUGAACACGCCCUUAGACAGAAUCGGGAUAGUUCUUUUGGUUUUAAUGAGUUUAGAUCAAUGAGUUUCAAUCAUGAUCGAGUUCCGAACUUUUUUCCAACUUUUUUGUAGAUUUUAAGUUUUCAACUCUAAAUGUCUCUGUGGUCAUGAUCUGCUCUAUUCUACUUUACAGCGUGAGUAAUUUGUUUUUAUAUUUGAAUUGGAAACGUUUUAGGGGACCUACUACACACGUUAAAACACACAAGAUGUUACAGAUCUGCAAACAAGUUGUCACAAUUCUAUUCACAAACUAUCAACAAGUUGUGUUCGCGUUCUUGUAACAAGUUUGGAACAACUUGUAAAAAGCUUGAUGGCAAAUUAUCAGACUUGUAGCGAAAUUGUUCUAACAAGUCUGAUACAGUCAUGAUAUAACAAGAAUGUUACAAGGUUGAUCACACAAGGAGAAUUAGUACAUUGCGUGUACAUGGAGAAUUAUUAUAUAGCAAGUGUCAAAGUUCAAUUUUCCUGUUUGCCGAUUGGUCAAAACCAUAUCACGUGCCGGUCCACAAAACGUCAUUUUUACUGCAUGCUUUGACGAGGGGGCAAUUGGUCAACAAUAAAACAGUUAUUGACUGGUCAGUAAUAAAACCGGAAGUAAGGCGCGAGCUGUUUGUGUCAACUGUAUGUCUGCCGGUCGGUUUUAUUUCAGUUUCCGAAUACCAGGUGAAUUAUUGACACUUUGACACCUGGUAUAUAUAUAUAAAUUAGCUUAAAAAUUAAUAUAUUAUAUAUUUAAAAUACUCGGCGUCGGCUUUAAAAUACUUUGGCAAUAAUACAGCUGAGCAUUUUAUUCAAAAAACGUAAGAAUACAACCAUGUCACUCUACGAUGGAACAUCUAAAUAUUGUUGGUCGUAAAGCAUUAGACGUUGAAAUACACAAUUUGUUUUUUGUGACGUCAUUUUCUUGAUUACGAAAGUGAAUUCCGAUAUAGCUACUUAAAUGCGACGAAUAGAUCACACACAUAGAAACGCACAAGUUGUAACAAACCUGCAGCAGACUUGUAACACUGCUGUUCCAACAACUUGUAAACAGGAUGUGUUCGCACUGCUUGUACCAACCACCUUACUUCCCAACGGAGUUAAUGGACCUUAAACCUUAUUAAUAAAAUUUUGAUCUAGACAAAAAUUUCAUCACAGUUUGAAAGAGCAUCACAAAAUUAGUAAUAUUCCGAAGUUUCGUUACGAAAUGUUGUAAAAUGCCGUCUUUCAGUAAUUUUCUAUUACAAACGGGAAAUUGAUACCGAAAUCGGGUGUUUGUGUAUCAAUUUCCCGUUUGUAAUACAAAAUGACUGAAAGACAGCAAAUUUCGCAAGGCUAUAUUAUCCGCAUUUUACAACAUUUCGUAACGAAACUUUGGAAUAUUACUAAUUCUGUGAUGCUCUUUCAAGCUGUGAUGAAAUUUUUGUCUAGACUUGAGAUCAAAAUUUUAGUUAUAAGAUUAAAGGUCCCAUCACUAAGGUCCAUUAAGCAUGUCUCACAAACAACUUUUAAUGGUAAAAUGUUGAAAAAUCCAGGAAAUGAAUUCUAACGGGUUCACUAUUGAAUUGGAAAUAAAAUCCAAAAUAAGUGAAAAUUACGGCAAUUAGUAAAUUAUAAAUCGCUUUUUUACUCAAAACCCAAACGGAUUGUGGGACGUAGCGACUGUAACUACGGAGUGUCGGAAGUCUGAAUUACAUACUGUAUGCAUGCCCAUCAUGCUUUUCGCGUUUAGAGGUUGAGGUUUUGACUUUGAAAGGGCAAUCUUGAUUGAAUCCGCUGUUAAUCGUUGAACUAGAUACUUAGUAUACAUUACUAUUUCCUUUUAGAUUUCCUUUACACUCAUGUUUAACGGCAGUAAAAAACUGGACCAAUACAGGAAAGAAUCUGACCAACUUAGAAAAGAUGUUUAUGAUUUGCACGUACUAAAG